CGAAAAGGCACAACAUAUUUCAUGAAUUCAGACCAAACAAUCAUUCUCCCCAUAUUUGUUUACUUUGCUGCUGCUCAAUCUUCACUUGACUUUGCUGCAUAGAUUCCUCCUAAUGGAAGUUCUUGAUGCAGCACCAAAAAUGAACCUAUCCUCUUUCUCUUACACAUCCACACAGAAACCUUGUUUAUCGCUGUUUUCCGCCUCUUCCCUCGCCGGAAAAUCACAUAAUUCCGCCACCUCCGCCGCCGUAUUUCCGCUUACUAUCUAUCUAAGAUCUCCCACCUCACCUGAAUCCGACAAUUCGACUGCCUCUUCUUCCACCUCAUCAUCGUCAUUUUCUGGUAACAUACGCCGUCCUAGUACUCACAAGACAUUUAAGAACUUCCCUUCUCAAACUCCCCCUCCAAACCCUAAAAGCACCUCAAACCCUCUUAAAAACCUAGCUAAUACUACUACUGCAGAGAAUGACAAAUCGAAAAAUCUUACAGGCAAGCUCUGGUUAACAAGUAAACUCUCUCCUCCUCCUCCUCCUCCUCCUCCAUUACCACCCCAACCGCUACAGUCGUUUCAUUCGGUGGGAGAUGAGUCUUCAGACGAUAAUGAUAGUUCAAACUUGGAGAAGCCUCGACGAGAUGAAUUCCGCCAAGAAGGAAAAGUCUUUGUGGGGAAUCUUCCACUAUGGAUUCAGAAGAAUGAAAUUGCUGAAUAUUUUAGGCAAUUUGGUCCAAUAAAGAAUGUGAUAGUGAUUAAGGCUUACAAUGACAUUAAAAGAAAUAUGGGGUUUGGGUUCGUAAUAUUUGAUGGUUCGAUGGCUACUAAGUCCGCAAUGAAGGCUGUGGAGUUUGACGGAGUGGAAUUUCAUGGGAGAAUAUUGACUGUGAAGCUGGACGAUGGUAGGAGACUGAAGGACCGGUCUGAUGAUCGGAAGAGGUGGGUUUAUGGAGAGGAAGAAAUUGAGCAUAAAUCGAAGUGGCAUGAAGAAAGAGACGGUUCUAGGAAGGAAUUUCGAAGGGUUGUGGAUACUCAGCCUGAGAAUUGGCAAGCUGUUGUUAAAGCAUUUGAAAGGAUAGAGAAGCCUUCAAGAAAAGAAUUUGGCUUGAUGGUGAAAUAUUAUGCAAGGCGUGGAGAUAUGCAUAAUGCUCGUAGUGUUUUCGAGAACAUGAGGGCUAGAGGAAUAGAACCAACAUCGCAUGUAUAUACAAGCCUGAUUCAUGCUUAUGCAGUAGGUAGAGACAUGGAAGAAGCAUUAGCUUGUGUUAGAAAAAUGAAGCAAGAAGGCAUUGAAAUGACAUUGGUCACUCAUAAUGUCCUCGUUGGUGGAUUUGCAAGAGUUGGCAAUAUCCAGGCUGCAGAGCAGUUGUUUAGGGAGGCAAAACAGAGACAUACACCAUUGAAUUCAAACAUUUAUGGAAGUAUAAUUUAUGCCCAUUGCCAAAACUGUAACAUGGAUCUAGCUGAAGCCUUGGUGCGGGAGAUGGAAGAAGAAGGUAUUGACGCUCAUAUUGACAUCUAUCACACCAUGAUGGAUGGCUACACGAUGAUAGGAGAUGAAGACAAGUGUCUAGUUGUUUUCAGUAGACUCAAGGAAUGUGGGUUUUCACCAUCAGUCAUUAGCUAUGGAUGUCUGAUCAAUCAUUACACUAAGAUGGGAAAAGUUAACAAAGCCAUUGAGAUCAGCAAAGCGAUGAAGUCAGCGGGUAUAAAGCAUAACUUGAAGACAUACUCUAUGUUGAUCACUGGAUUUAUAAAUUUAAAAGACUGGGCCAAUGCAUUUGCGGUAUUUGAAGAUGUAAUUAGAGAUGGUCUUAAACCAGACACUGUACUUUACAAUAACAUCAUUAGAGCAUUUUGUUGGAUGGGUAAUAUGGAUCGUGCUAUUCAUACUGUUGAGGAAAUGGAAAGAGGGAGGCACAGGCCUACAACACGAACAUUUAUGCCCAUCAUACAUGGCUUUUCUAGAGCCGGACAAAUUAAAAGAGCAUUGGAGGUUUUCAACAUGAUGAGGAGGAGAGGAUGCAUUCCAAGUGUUCACACCUACAAUGCUUUAAUUCUAGGCCUGGUUGAGAAACGACAGAUGGAAAAGGCUGUCAAAAUAUUAGAUGAGAUGUCACUUGCGGGAAUAGCUCCAGAUGGACAUACAUAUACCACCAUCAUGCAUGGCUAUGCAUCUCUUGGUGAUGUUGGAAAAGCUUUUGAGUAUUUUACACAAGUAAAAAACGACGGACUGGACCUUGAUGUGUAUACCUACGAGGCAUUGCUUAAGGCAUGCUGUAAAGCAGGCAGGAUGCAAAGCGCUUUGGCAGUUACAAAGGAAAUGAGUUCUCAGAGAAUACCCAGAAACACGUUUAUCUAUAACAUUUUAAUUGAUGGGUGGGCAAGAAGAGGUGAUGUUUGGGAGGCUACUGAUCUGAUGCAGCAAAUGAAACAAGAAGGGGUUCAACCAGACGUUCAUACUUACACAUCUAUGAUAAAUGCUUGUUGCAAAGCUGGUGAUAUGUUGAGAGCAACCGAAGUGAUUGCCGAAAUGGAAGCUUUUGGAGUGAUGCCAAAUGUGAAAACCUACACAACUCUAAUACACGGGUGGGCCAGGGCAUCUCUUCCGGAGAAAGCUUUGAAAUGCUUUGAAGAGAUGAAGAAGACGGGCCUGAAACCAGACAAGGCUGUAUACCAUUGCCUGAUGACGUCAUUGCUUUCAAGGGCAACAGUAGCUGAAGGAUAUAUUUACUCGGGAAUUCUGUCACUUUGUGAAGAGAUGAUCCAAUCUGACUUGACUAUUGACAUGGGGACUGCGGUUCACUGGUCAAAAUGCUUGUGCAAAAUUGAAAGGGCAGGUGGAGAGAUCACACAAGCCUUGCAAAAGACCUUCCCUCCCGACUGGAACUCCCAUCAUACCCUUAAUUCGAAUUCCAUUUUGGGAAAUAACGAUCUGAGAAACAAUAUAAGCGACGAGGAUGAUGAUGAUGAAGGUGAGGAAUGCUAUAAUACUGAAAGUGAUGAUGAAACUGAUGAGCUUGAUGGGAAUCCUAGUUUUGGUCAAAGGCCAUGGUUUAAGUAAACAAGUGACGAGCUUCCUCUUAUCAUUGUUCAAAAACUUUUGGAUAAAAUAGUUGAUUACUUAAUGUAUUCAUUUAUUUAUGCAAGAAUGACCAGAUUGUGCUCUGAAUCUAAACUGUUGGAGCUCGAUUAUGUUAUUCUGAGUCUGGAAUUGAUUCGAUCCAUUUAU